AUGAGCGUGGACAUCAAGAACUACGGCGACGCGGACAAGAAGCUCAUCAAGAAGCUCACGGCCGCGGGCAAGUUCGACGCGUCGCUGGACCAGAAGCUGAACAUCGAGAAGGUGAACGUCGAGGUCAUGGUGCGCUGGGUGAACGAGCGCCUCACCGAACUCCUAGGCUUCGAGGACGACGUCGUCGUGAACCUCGUGGAGAACAUGCUCACGCAGACCCAGGACGCGUUCUCCGGCCAGGUCAAGCGCGUCGACCCGAAGCAGCUCCAGAUCCAGCUCACGGGCUUCCUCGACCGGCAGGCGGCGCCGUUCGUCGCCGAGCUCUGGAAGCUGCUGCUGGACGCGCAGGACGCGCCCCACGGCAUCCCCCGGGCCUUCGUCGAGCGGAAGAAGGCCGAGCUGCUCAAGCGGCAGGCGACGCGCGAC